GACAUCGGCGCAUACUACCAAGUUUAUGGGCGGAACGGAAAUGGUUCGUGCUUGUUUUCAUUCCGAAGAUUCAUUCAUAAAAAGAUGGGCUACUAGCUGUCGUUGUUUUGACUUCAGAAGUGAGGGCUUGAUGGAGACCGACCGGAGGAGGGAUAGCCGGUCCUGGGACUGGGACAGCCCACAGUGCCGUGCCCAGCUGGACGAGGUGUUUUUCCGCCCACAAGACUACAUUCGGGCGGGUAGCCAGGAGCACAGGGAAUUUUGGACUUUCUUUGAGCGCUUCCAAAGGUUCAAGGGGAAGAGGGACAUGGCAUUGUCUAAAGCCGGCAGCGACGCUCUGAAGGACGAGAGCCGGGAGAGCAAAUCUAGGAAGAAAGGAGCCGUCGGUAGCGUGGACCUGGGUCUGCCCAAAGAAUAUGACGCUCGCUACCGGAUUAAUGUGUCCGUGUGCACCAGGGAUGUUGAGGAGCGUCUCGGUGGGUCAGAUCGACGGCGACAGACCUCAUCGGGACCGGGAAAGGAGGAGAUAGCCACCUGUCGCCUGACCCUGCUUCACUUCCUGGACUUUUGCCAGAGGCAGAGCUUCGGCAAGCUGGCGAAACUUCGCCGGGAGCAGAGAAGCCUGCCGAUCUUCCAGUACAGGGAUCGCAUCGUGGAGCUGGUGAGGACGCACUCCGUGGUGGUGGUGGCGGGGGACACGGGCUGCGGAAAGUCCACCCAGGUGCCCCAGUACCUCCUCGCCGCCGGUUUCAGCCACAUCGCCUGCACACAGCCCCGACGUAUCGCCUGCAUAUCGCUGGCCAAGAGGGUCAGCUUUGAGAGUCUCAACCAGUACGGAUCUAAGGUGGGCUACCAGAUCCGCUUUGAGACGACGCGCACGCCGGUGACUAAGCUGCUGUUCCUGACGGAGGGGCUGCUCCUGCGGCAGAUCCAGCAGGACGCGGAGCUGGGCCGCUACCAGGUGCUGAUCGUGGACGAGGUGCACGAGCGGCACCUGCACUGCGACUUCCUGCUGGGCGUGCUGCGCUCGCUGCUCCGCCAGCGGCCCGACCUGCGCCUCGUGCUCAUGUCCGCCACCAUCAACAUCAAGCUCUUCUCCUCCUACUUCCACUCCGCCCCCGUGCUGCAGGUCCCCGGCAGGCUCUUCCCCAUACAGGUGAUCUACCAGCCCAUACCUCCGGAGGAGCAGCCCUCGCGCUCGGAGAAGCUGGACCCGCGGCCGUACCUGCGGGUGCUGCAGGGCAUCGACCAGCGCUACCCCACCGAGGAGCGGGGCGACCUGCUGCUCUUCCUGAGCGGCGUGGCCGAGAUCAACACCAUCCAGGAGGCCUGCCAGACCUACGCCACCCACACCCGCCGCUGGAUCGUCCUGCCGCUGCACAGCACCCUGUCCCUGGCCCAGCAGGACAAGGUUUUCGACAUCGCGCCCCCGGGGGUGAGGAAGUGCAUCAUCUCCACCAACAUCGCCGAGACGUCGGUCACCAUUGACGGCGUGCGCUUCGUGGUGGACUCAGGGAAGGUGAAGGAGAUGAGCUUCGAUCCCAAGGCCAAGAUGCAGCGCCUGCAGGAGUUCUGGAUCAGCCGGGCCAGCUCGGAGCAGCGCAAGGGCCGAGCGGGUCGGACCGGGCCGGGCGUCUGCUACCGCCUGUACGCGGAGUCCGAUUACGAGGCCUUCGCCCCCUACGCCGUCCCCGAAAUCCACAGGGUGGCGCUGGACUCCCUCGUGCUGCAGAUGAAGAGCAUGGGGCUGGGGGACCCCCGCUCCUUCGUCUUCAUCGACCCGCCCCCUGCCGCCAGCAUCCAGACCGCACUGACCUACCUGAAGGACCAGGGGGCGCUGGACAGCCACGGGGAGCUUACCGCCAUCGGAAAACUGUUAGCACAGCUGCCUGUGGACGUGGUCAUCGGGAAGAUGCUGGUGCUGGGCUCGGUGUUCAGCCUGGUGGAGCCUGUGCUGACGCUGGCCGCCGCCCUCAGCGUUCAGUCGCCCUACCUGCGCAGCGCCCAGCACAACCCGGACUGUGCCACGGCCAGGCAGCCCCUGUACAGCAACCAUGGAGACCCCUUCACCCUGCUCAACACCUUCAACACCUGGGUGCAGGUGAAGGCGGAGAGGGGCGGGGGCUCCAGGAAGUGGUGCCGGAGGCGGGGCCUAGAGGAGCAGCGGCUGUACGAGAUGGUCAACCUGCGGCGGCAGUUUAAGGAGCUGCUGAAGAGCCACGGGCUCCUGGGGGGCGAGCAGGGCGCCCCCUGCAGGCAGGACCGGCGGCAGCGGCAGCAGCGCUUCAGCGAGCGGCGGAAGCUGCACCAGCUCAAGCGGGACCACGACCUGCAGGAGGGAAUGCGCCGGAAGGUCCUGAGGCUGGAGGAGGGGGAGGAGGGCGCCGCCUCGUCCGGGUCGGAGGGGGAGGAGUCCGGGAGAGGGAGGCGGGGCAAGGACGAGGCGGGGCAGAGCGUGGACAUACAGGAAGUGAAGUUUAAGCUGCGGCACAGCGUGACGGAGCUGCAGGAAGCGGCGGGCGCCAGUCAGGACCUGUCGUCACGGCAGCAGGCCCUGCUGAAGCUGGUGCUGUGCCGGGGGUUGUACCCGCAGCUGGCACUGCCCGACGAACACAACGCCACGCGCAAGGACUCCGAGCAGAUCUUCCACACGCGCAACAAGCAGGGCGUGGUCAUCCACCCCACCAGCGUGUUCGCCAGCGACCCCGAGGUGCUGCACGUCCCAGAGCCAGAGCCCAGAGAGACGGGCUCUGAGAAGCCGGAGAGCUCUAAGCACCAGCUGCUGGCCUUCGUCACCCUGCUGGAGACCAACAAGCCGUACGUCUGCAACUGUGUCCGAGUGCCCGCCCUGCAGGCGCUGCUCCUGGUGUCCCGCUCGGUGGACACUAACGCGGACUGCACGCGGGUGGUGGUGGACGGCUGGCUGGAGAUGACCCUGAGCGACGCGGACUCCGCGCUCCGCUCCAUCUCCUCCGCCCUGACGCUGCGCGCCGACUGGGAGCGCCUCCUGCAGGCGCAGCUGCGCAACAGCGCCCCCAACCUGGACCCCGCCCCCGCCGCGCCCGCCCUGUCCCGCCGUGAGCUGGAGAAGCUGAGCGACGCGCUGGUCCGCUUCCUGCUCUACACCGAGGUCAGUUACAGCCUGCGGCGGCUUGGCGGUCUGGAGGCGCAGAACCUGUACGUCGGCCCCCAGCCGGUCCUGGGGCUCCCCGACGCCCCCGCCCUGAACCCCCUCUUCGUCGGGAUGAAGGCCGAACCCCACCCUAUGAAAGGAGGGCUAGGAGUCUCCAGCUUCUUCACCUACAACUGUCUGAGUGACUCUAAGGAUUUGUACAGCGAGUGCAUGCGCACGUUCUGGAGUUGCCCACACUGUGACUUCUACAUGCCCCUCACGCCCUUGGAGCGCAUGCACCACGAGGCCACCUGCAGGCCGGCUGGGGAACUGCAGCCCAAGGACGAGCCAGAAGACGGGACGGCCGCUAGCUCCAAGUCUUCGUCCUCUUCCUCCAGCCUGACCCGGGUGUACCACUGUGACGUCUGCGACAAAGACCUGACCCUCACCUCCACCCAGAUCCUUAAACACAAGAGGCAGCACCUGUGAGGCACAGCUGGGCGUGGCCGGGCACAACUGAGGCUUGUUCCCUCUCUGGGCCACCUGAUUGGUCAGCACCACUCAGGGGCUGAUUGGUCAGCACCACUCUGAAGCUGAUUGGUCAGCACCACUCUGAGGCUGAUUGGUCAGCACCACUCUGGGGCUGAUUGGUCAGCACCACUCAGGGGCUGAUUGGUCAGCACCACUCUGAAGCUGAUUGGUCAGCACCACUCUGGGGCUGAUUGGUCAGCACCACUCUGAAGCUGAUUGGUCAGCACCACUCUGGGGCUGAUUGGUCAGCACCACUCUGAGGCUGAUUGGUCAGCACCACUCUGGGGCUGAUUGGUCAGCACCACGGACAGCUCCACCACACAGCUCUUUUAAUCUCGUUCGGAAAUAAAACUCAAAUACUGUAAUCAAGACCCUUUAACCCCAUUCAAACGAUUCAGACGAGCCGCGUGACUGACGGCUCAUUUCCCUCCUUUCUGACCGGGACUUCCAGGCCAUCACAGGACUGUACAUGUUGUUUAAAUAAAUAAAACAAUUAUAAAAAGCA